AUGGCUGCUGACAAGAAGACGAUUGAAGAGUUUUGCCGCAGGAAGUACGACUACCUCAUAGUUGGUGGGGGGACCGCAGGUCUUGUUCUCGCUUCAAGACUCUCCGAAGACCCCUUCGUCACCGUUGGCGUGCUCGAAGCAGGGGAGUUGCAGCUUGAUGGUCCCACUCUCAGGAAGUCAUCAGUCGGCUUUUACCCCAUGGUAGAGGAUCUAAACUAUGACUGGGGGUUCCAAACUGAGCCCCAGCGACAUGCACACGGGAUCGUCUAUGACUUGCCUAGUGGCAAAAUUCUAGGAGGUUCGAGUGUCACCAACCACAACUUAUUCACUAGGGGAUGUAAAACCGAGUACGACGACUGGGAGACUCUGGGAAACCCGGGUUGGAACUUGCAGGGCCUACUGCCUUAUUUCUCAAAGGCUGAAGCUCAACAACCCUCCAAGAAUGGAAACCCUACUUUCGGGGAUGCCCACGGUUCCAAAGAGAGUGAAGUUGCGAAACAAGUUGUGACCUCCACUGCCAACGAUAUAGCGAAAGGUAAUACCCUCUGGCACAAUGCCUGGGCUGAACUGGGUAUAUCUGGUGGUCCGAAACAGCCCAUGGAAACAAUUGUGAGCUCCGUUGCAGGCACUCGAACCAGUUCCGUGGAGGCUUACUACCUCCCGGUCAUGCAUCGGGGCAAUUUGCAUGUCCUGACCACCGUGUUGGCGUCAUCUGUGACAUUCUCCACUAAAGAAGGAAGCAAGCUGAUUGCCACUGGAGUUGAAUUUCUCAAUUUCGACGAUAACUAUCGAUGCGAAGCUGCUCUGGAGGUGAUUAUCUGUAGUGGUGCCGUUAUGUCUCCCGGGAUCCUUGAACGGUCCGGCAUCGGAUCGAAGGACGUCCUUGAUGAACAUGGCAUCAAAACGCUGAUUCACAACUCUCGAGUUGGUGAGAAUCUUCAAGACCACGCUUAUACGUACUCUCUGCUGGAAUUGGAGACCGAAGAGCAUUCAUUGGACAAGAAUUUCGGUAAGCUUCAGAUUGGAGAGACAUCAGUGAAGGAAUCCGAUUCGUCUUCCGCUACCGGUUUGACUCUCUCGACAUUCGUCACUUACGAGCAUGCCGCAAUGGGUCGCGUCCCACCGCCUCCUGAACUAAUCCUGGAUGCCAUUCGUAGGACACCUUUGUUGCGAAAGCAAUAUGACCUCACCCUCAGACGCUUGCACGAUCCCAAUGUUGCAUGCUUCCAGUACCAGUUUGUCCCUGGUUAUGCCUCUAGUCUGCUCCCAGAGCCCACUCCGGAUGACGCGAAUAAUUUCGUGGCAGUUUUGUAUUCGAUUUCAACGCCUUUCUCGCGUGGGGCGAUUCAUAUUGAAAGUUCGGAUCCGCGUGACUAUCCCACAGUUGACCCCAGUUAUCUUGAACACCCCCUUGAUAUGAGACUUCUUAGAGCAGCGACCCGCUUGUCUCUUGAUUUAAUCUGCACUGGUGCUUUGUCCAGCGUGACAUAUGAUAUUGUUGUUCCCUAUCAACCAAUGAUAACAGAGCAAAACUAUGACGAGCACGCUUGCGAGACAUGUGAAAGUUACUUUCACCCUGUGGGUACAUGUGCCAUGAUGCCUAGGGAAGAUGGUGGAGUGGUUGAUCCUAACUUGAUUGUAUACGGCACUGAGAAUCUUCGUGUUGUGGAUUCAAGUAUCAUCCCCUUACAUAUCUCUGGAGAUAUUGAGUGGACUGUUUAUGCAAUUGCUGAGAAAGCGGCGGAUAUGAUUAAGGACCAGCGACACAUGAUUCAGAAAAUUAUCUAAGUGAUGGCACAAAGAAAGGGGGGAGGGUCUCUUGCACACAAGCCAUUAAGCAUGGUUAAGGGGAUGCAAUCUGAUUUCUGUUUUCGGGCUUGCAAGGAUG